GAUCAGUUAUCUUAAACCUUAGUUAGGGCUCCAUCCCCAUCCGCUCAACCUUAGUUAUCGUAACCCGCGCCUCCGAUCGCCGGUGAGUGAAAUUCCAAGACAGCAAAGAUGUCCGAAAGCGGCGUGGUUACGCUCUACGCGAACUCCGCUAUCGCCGAGACCACAAAGAAAUCCCCCUUCUCCGUGAAGGUGGGUUUGGCCCAAAUGCUCCGCGGCGGCGUCAUCAUGGACGUCGUCACACCUGAGCAAGCCCGGAUUGCUGAGGAAGCCGGCGCUUGCGCCGUCAUGGCUCUGGAGCGCGUCCCCGCAGACAUUAGAGCUCAGGGCGGCGUCGCCCGGAUGUCCGACCCUCAGAUGAUUAAGGAGAUCAAGCAGGCCGUCACCAUUCCGGUCAUGGCCAAGGCUCGGAUCGGGCAUUUCGUGGAGGCCCAGAUCCUCGAAGCAAUCGGAAUUGAUUACGUGGACGAAUCGGAGGUCCUCACACUCGCCGACGACGCCAACCACAUCAACAAGCACAAUUUCCGGAUCCCGUUCGUCUGCGGCUGCCGGAACCUCGGCGAAGCUCUCCGACGCAUCCGGGAGGGAGCCGCGAUGAUUCGAACCAAGGGAGAGGCGGGUACCGGCAACAUUAUCGAGGCCGUCCGUCACGUCCGGUCCGUGAUGGGCGACAUCCGGCUGCUCCGCAACAUGGACGAUGACGAGGUGUUCACGUUCGCCAAGAAGAUUCAGGCGCCGUACGAUCUGGUUGUGCAGACGAAGCAGUUGGGAAGGCUCCCAGUGGUGCAAUUCGCUGCUGGAGGGGUGGCAACCCCAGCUGACGCCGCGCUGAUGAUGCAGCUGGGAUGUGACGGUGUGUUCGUCGGCUCAGGCGUCUUCAAGAGCGGAGAUCCGGCAAGAAGGGCCCGGGCCAUCGUACAGGCAGUCACUCACUACAGUGAUCCAGAGGUGCUUGCUGACAUAAGCUGUGGGCUUGGAGAGGCUAUGGUUGGAAUCAAUCUCAAUGACAACAACGUCGAGAGGUAUGCGAACCGCUCUGAGUGAAUGCUGGUAUUUCAAAGAUUCGAUUUUUAGUCAAGUUAUGGAUUGAUUGAGGUUUACAUGGAGACCCCCAGAUCGUAUGUCAAUCUCGAAUGCCUUUGUGUUUACUGGCUUAUGUUGUUAUACAUUUUGAAUACUUUUGGUUGGAAACCAUUAGAAGCAUAAAUUGUUGUAAUGCAAUGACUGUUUUUAUCUAAAAUAAUAAUAAUUUGAUGCCAUCUUAUGGGGUCAGUGUUUCCAAUCCCUUUGAUUUUCAAAAUGAAUGAGGAAAUGGUCAUCAUUUAUCAUUUACAAUGGUUGCUUGUUCUUUAUAUUGUUGCGCUAUAAAAGAGAGAAAUGAGGGAAGGGAGAAAUGAUUCAGAAAGGCGAUUGAGAAGAGAAAUAUCAAGGAAAUGGAGUAGAUUUUGUACCCUGGUUGGCAGGAGAGAAACAAGAGGGAGAUACUGAGGUAAAGGAGGAUUUCCCUCCUUUCUUCUCGUAAGAGGAGCUGAAUUCCUUCUGUAACUUAUUUCCUCCCCAUUUCCUUAAGUUAUUUGUUUGCUUACCUAACAAGAGAAAACUUUUGAUUCUUUUUCUUUUUGUUUCUUCCCUGAUUCUCGAGUGCCCUGCUUGUCCACGAACAAAGGCUAAAUAGCUUAAUAGCAUCUUUCCG